AGAACGAGCCAGAAAAAAAGUAGUCGGCGCUUCAGUCAAAACUCAAAAUAAAUUUUAAAAGAUGAGUUCUCCAUCGAAAAGAAAUGGCUACAGCUUCGAAUCGAGAGAUACAGUAUCAUGUGUAGAGUUUUCAGCUUUUGAGCACUCCUCUUCACUUAUUGCAUUCGGGGGAGAUCUGCGAGUUAGCAUUGGAACAUGCAGAUUUCAGGAGCAAGACAACUCACUAAGUGGGUGUGAAUACCAGCAUAUACGGGACUUCCACCAUCGCACAAGGGUGAUGAGUAUAGCUUGGAGUCCGCAAGCAUCGCUGGAUGUCCUCCCAAGAUGCAUCAGAUUCUGCACAGCUGGUGUAGACCAUAAGAUCAGGAUAUUCACAUCGGACCUUAAAGAUCAGGACACUGUUCAGGUCAUUAAGGGUCACCAGGACUUCAUCAACUCCCUGACCUUUGAACCUGUCAAAGGAGAAGUGAUAGCGAGCGUGAGUGACGAUCACACAUGUAGGCUCUGGGGUCUCGAUGGUCGACAGAAGGCGAUGUUUCCUCUCAAGUCGGCUGGCAUGUCUGUCUGCUGGAAUCAGAGUGAUCCUAAUAAGCUAAUGGUUGCAGAGAAGGGUGGAACUCUGCGUUUCUAUGACCUAGUCAGUGAGCAACCGUUCAUGUCGCUAGAGACCGGUAGACCAGGUCUUAUGUGUGCAGACUGGAGCCUCUGUGAUCCUACCAGGGUUGGGGCUAUCGUCAGUGGGGAAUGGAUGGUGUGGGACAUCACCAGAUCAAGUCAAGCACAGGAUUCUGAGCUAGCUCAUGGUGAAUGGGGCAAGGAGUUUAGAUGGUGCAGAUCAAGUGAGAACCUGUUUGCUACUACAGGGCGUCCCAACAAUGAAGCCAAGGUCUAUCACCUAGGACACCAUCAGGUCCCAGUCACUGAGAGUCUACCAGUCCUAGGCGGUCUAUCAUGGCAUGCUUUCUUACCCAUCUGUGCUGUCGGGGGCGACCGGAGGAUCCACUUGUUUCCAGCCGAACCUUGAUCUUCUAGUAGACCUCCAAAGCAUGCGUCAAGGACAAAGAAAUAUCUGUCAAGGCUGAAGUAUAUCAGCUUCUCCCCUUUGAAUUUGGCAACAUUGAUGUUUUAUAUUCAUUUAUGUAAUUCAAAUUAAAUACAAAGUAUCUAUAAAACUGAAGCUAAACAAAUACAUAUUGUCUGCCAAGAGCCAAAAAGUCUGUCUCUCAAUAAUGCAGUUGUAGAAAAUACAACGUUUCAGUGUUGCCAAUUUAAAGAUUACAAAUUCUUCCCUACGAAUAAUAGACACCUUUCUGGUCUGAAAACCAAUAUGGAGUUCACAUGCCCAAUCAGACCUAAAAUACCCACAGAUCGUAAGGCCCCACUUUAUUUAUUUUAAAACAAUCAUUUCCAAAGUAAUGGAGAAUGUCUCAUGAUCAACAUUUAUUUUUCAUUACAAGUUUAUUAUAGACAGCAUACCUUUAGUUUGACUAACUCUUCUAUCAAAAUUUAGGGGAAUAGUAGAUUUUCUAUUGUACAGAAUCAUGAUUAUUCUUGUUUUAAAUGAAAAUAUGAAUUGUUUAUGAUUGCUUAAGCACGUAAUAUGUGUACAUGGACUUUGAGUAUCCCUGUUUAGAAGAAAUCUAACAAUUUUUGUAUAGCACCACAAGGAGUCACAUGAAACAUUAAAAAUCAGUUCUUAAAACCAGAAACUUUGCAUGCAUCACACGUUUGCAAAGAUUGCGAGUGCUUCAGAAUCACCAAAGUGUAAUGCCAGGAAACAAAUGAAAAAUGAUGAGAGAAAUUUGAAGUGUUUACACCAAACUUUCAUGCCCACAUGUUUGUGUAGUCCAAUUUGUGUGCAUGCAACUUUCAUUCAAUACCCCAAUUGUUGUGUGCUAUAAAAUCAACCUUUCCAAAUUCCUUCCCGUUUCUUUCACAAUGGAUUCACAUGACCAGAAUUCAACUUUAUCUUAGAAUUGUGUUCCACAUGGUCUUAGAAUACUACGUUUGAAAGUCGUGGAUGAAUGCUUUUAACACUCCUUUCUUUUGUUUUAAACAAAAAAUGAUAUUCCAAUGCCUAAAUGAAAGGGCUUGUAAUGUAUCUUUGAAGAAGCCUUUUGGAAGAUGUUUGUUUUGUAUCCAUAAUCCCGCAUCGGAAUAAGUUUUCUGUAUCAUUGAAAAGUCUGUGAGGCUUGUGAAUAAUGUAUUAAAUGCUGUAUUAUAUCUUGUAA